GAAAACCGAUCGUUUGAUUCGAUUCUGGGUCGUCUCAAGUGGGAUGGUACCAAUUCAAAUGUCGACGGUCUUACGGGUAACGAAUCCAACAAGCUUGCCAAUGGACAAACUGUUGGGAUCCAACGGGGUACGAAUCCCAAGGCUGGAUUUGAUCCUAAUCACGAACUGCAUGCCGUGACUGAACAGAUUUAUGGUGCUGGCACGGUUAAUACCCAGGGCAAACAGCCAACCAUGGCAGGAUUUGCUCAGCAGGCUUUUGUUGAAAGCAAAGGAAAUAUGGAUUCUGUCAAUCAGAUCAUGCAGGCAUUUGGUCCUGAUACCCUUCCUGUUACUUAUGCGCUUGCUCAAGAAUUUGCCAUUGUUGAUAACUGGUUUGCAUCAGUUCCUGGACCGACUUUUCCUAACCGACACUUUGCUCAUUGUGCCACGGCAUACGGCUACACUGGAAAUGACGGCGGUUUUCUCGGUAUUCCAUGCAAAACUAUUUAUCAGAAUUUGGAAGAUGCCAAUAUCUCCUGGAAGAUUUAUGCCGACUCGUUGCUAGUUACAACUCUGUUGUAUCGAGAUAUGCGUAGUAUUUAUCGUCUUGGGAAAAUGCACCAGUUUAAUACUUUUGUUAAAGAUGCGGCAGCAGGUAAUCUUCCCCAAUAUUCGUUUCUUGAUCCAAGCAGUCUUAGCGAAGAUGAUCAUCCACCCAACAACCUUCACGCAGGCCAAGCCUUUAUCAAGCGUGCAUAUGAGGCUCUCAGAUCCUCGCCGCAGUGGGAAAACACUCUUUUUCUAAUCACUUACGAUGAAAACGGUGGGUUUUACGACCAUGUUACUCCACCCACCAAUGUUCCCAUUCCGGAUAGUCAAGCUCCUUACCCGCCUGUUGGCGACUUUAAAUUCGAUCGCCUUGGUCCUCGUGUUCCUGCUCUUGUUAUCUCACCGCUGGUUCCAAAGGGUUCCGUUAUUCAUAACCGCAAUCCCAAUCGCCACUUUGAACACUCGUCUAUUCCCGCAACGCUUAAACAUGUCUUCAACUUGCCCCACUUUUUAACCAAUCGUGAUGCAUGGGCUCUGCCUUUUGAUGGCAUUGCGAAUCUCUCCCAACCAAGAACCGAUUGCAUUCAAAAACUCCCCAAUCCAUAA